CCUUUUGUUUAUUUAUAGGAAAGAAGCGAAAUAUAUCUGGUUUUGUUUUCUUUCCACCUGCUAAUAUUAGCUGUGGACCAUGCUAAAAGAGGGUUUGUGUACCAGGGGAUUCUCCCUCUCUCAGGAAUGACCAUACAAGAAGUAAACAACAGUGAAAAUGUUUCAAACGUGUUUGAAAUUACAGCUCCAAUGGUUGAGCCUAAGAUGGUCAUCUGCACCAGUCCUACAGAGCGGAGGUUCUGGGUUGAUAACAUCAGGGACCGGGUGCAGAAAUCCAUGACGCAGCACAUGGUGCCCUUUCAGAGUGUUUUAUCCUGUUUGAUGCCUUUUGAUGUGAAGUGGAAGAAGAAUGAGCUGGAGAAGCAUUUGCUGCUCAAUCCAAUAUUGAACUGGGAGGGAACUCCAAUCCAACACCUGGGAAACAUACAAUCUAUAUCUAUGGUUGCUGUCACCAACUCAAACCAGGAGGGAAAUCAAACAAGACUUCUGGUGCUGUUUCCCAGUGAGCUAGUUAUACUGUCCUUUGACUUUCAAAGAGCCAACAUCCUUUACCAGGUAUAGUUUUUGAUAAUGUAACAUCAUCAGAACUAAUCAAUUAUGAAUGUUCUACUUCAAAACAUACGUGUAUUCAAACACCAGAGGGUGCCAAGCGUACAGAUCUUCACAUUUUCUUUUUCACGCUAGUGUGCUUUAAAAUCAUAUUGACUGGCUGGGAUGCAUCAAGUUUGAAACACAAAAUACCGAUACAUUAACUGCGCUGUGCUUGCCCCUUUGUUACAAUUUUUAAUGCUAGUGCUUAAAUAUGUUGUUAACGUACAGAGUUGU